AUGAGGCAUCUCUGCUCCCUCCUGGCCAUAGCACUCUUGGUGACGAGCCUGGCGCUGGGUGAUGCUCAUGGGAGUUGGAAUGAGACAGGCUGUGGCAAGCGUUCGGUCUCAGGGCGCAUCUUCAAUGGUCAAGAUGCCAAGGACAGGGCCUGGCCCUGGCAGGUCAGCGUGCAGCAAAAUGGCUUCCACAUCUGCGGCGGCUCGCUCAUCUCUAGGAGCUGGGUGGUGUCAGCAGCUCAUUGCUUCGAUCCGUCUGCAGCCAUUUCAGCAUAUCGGGUGCAGCUGGGUAAAAAACGGAUUGCCAGUGAGACCCCAACCAAGUCAUUCUCAUCGGUGAAGCGGAUCAUCCCCCAUCCCAAUUACAACAGUAACAGUUUCCUUGCCGACAUCGCCCUGGUGGAGCUGGAGAAGCCGGUUGCGUUCACGGCCUCCAUCAGGCCCGUGUGCCUGCUUGAUGCCUCCGUCCGUGUGCCCGCUGGGGACACCUGCUGGGUGACUGGUUGGGGGAACACUCUCCCACAAGUGAAUUCUUCCCUAGCGGAGAUUCUGCAGGAGCUGGAGGUGCUCACCAUAGACUCCACGGUCUGCAAUGAUCGCUACCGGGAAGGAUUACAAAAGCCUGAGGGUGACAACCCCAUUAAAGAUGACAUGAUGUGUUCUGGGUCCAUGGAAGGCUAUAAAGGGACUGCCUGGGGUGACUCUGGGGGACCCCUGGUGUGUGAAGAAGGCAGGACCUGGUACCUUGCUGGGAUUGUGAGCUGGUCAUGGGCGGAAGAAGUGAAUGGGGUACGCACUAUUUCUCCCGGUUACCCUGCAGUCUACAACCGCCCGAAUGCCCACAACGAUUGGAUCCAGAAGAAUGUGCCUGGUGUGACUUUCAGAGUGGUGAACUUCACACCGAGCAGUCUCCGUCUAUCUAGCAGCAUCACUUGGAAUGGUGCUGGUCCCUCUGCCACAAUCCCCAGGCUCCUUCUCCUUGCUGUGCUUGUGCGGCUGACUCUCUGACCCCUCUCCUCGAGUGAGACCCCAUCCCACACCAGGCCUUCCUCGCCCGCCACGCACAUUGACCAUGUCACUUGUGUGAUCAGUUAUAGUUUUCUAAACCUGAAUUUUAUAAUCAAAUUUAAGUUAGAUUUAAUAUGAUCACUGUUUUGUUUG